AUGAGCGACGGGCACACGCUGGCGACGGAGGUAGUCAACGACGAGGAAUCCCACCUCUGCCUCUACAUCCUCCUCCAGGACAUGUUCAAAGUCGGGGACAUGGUCGUCGGCAUCGACAUCGAGUGGGGCUUCAAAUCCACCUCCUCCUCCAGAUCCGCCAGCCUCUCCGGUCGCACCAUUCCACUCGACUCCCAAGCCCACCAACAACAACAGCCACCGCCUUCCGCUCCGCAGCAGCACGCAGCCCUGGUGACGCUCUGCACCAAGCUGGGCUGUGUGCUGAUACGGAUGAACCCGAAGCAGCUGCCCUCGCUGUCGCCGUCCCUGCGCAAGUUUCUCGCCAUCAAGGAGAUCCUCUUCGUCGGGGUCCACAUCAGGGAGGACCUGCACCGGAUGAAGAAGUUGUACGGCGUGAUCGUGAGGAACGCGGUGGAGCUGAGCGACCUGGCGGCGAAGAUGAACGACCACCCGAGGUUCCUAGGGAUGAGCGCCAGGGAGCUGUGCUCCAAAGUUUGUUCGAUCAAGUUGGAGCAGAAGCCGUUCGUGGUGCUGUGGUCCAACUGGUUCGACACCACGCUGAGCAACGAGCAGCUCGAGUCGGCGACCACCGAUGCGUACGCGGCCUAUAAGACGGGGCGGAAGAUGCUGGAAGGCGGCAAUAGCAGCGUCAAGAGGUUGUUUUAUUGA